AUGCUUCGCAGUUGCCUGCACGAUGUGACGUGUUGGGGACGGCGCUUCAUCUCUAUCGGCGGGAGACGCACACGGGGUGGGUUUAGUCAGCCCAUUGGGAAGCAGCCGCAGGUCAAGCAGGGGAAGACGGAAGGUGUGCCACGACGUAUACCAGGCACCACAAAGGUUACUUACACAAAUAAGAAGGGACGCACAUUUACUUUUUCAGUUCCUGUUGCCGAGCUCACGCACCCGCAGGAUAAUAUGACAAAUUCUUUGGGAGGCUGGAAAGAAAUAGACACAAGCUUCGUUGACGUAGGUGACAUGGAGGACGAUAUGCCAUCACCAGUAGAUGAGUGUCUGCAGAAACCCAUCGAUGCCGCUUCGAUACAUGAGCUUCAUGAGGCAUUUGUUUCCCUUUGCAAAGAGUACGUUUUGAUGGACACGACGGGUAUGAAAAAUAUGCCGUGUUAUGGGGAACUCAAUGUGGGUCCUGACUAUGAACAUUACGAUCGAAGAGUAAAACGGAAGAGGCACUGGCUUGCUAUCCGUCAUAGGUUUGAAGAGGUGCGGCGUAUCCUCUGGCCUGACGAGGAAGCUGAGGCGAGGGAACCGCCACAUGGGGCACAGUUGAGUGUUGGUCAGAUGCUUGACGCGCUUAGGUGGGUUGAGGCUGCUUCUACCUUUUGUGUCCGAAAGGUGCAUCCGGCGGACGUAAUGAACGCGGAGGAGUUUUUGCCGCUUGAUCUUCACCGCGAAGUGGCCAUUGUGGCAUGCCGCGCGCGAGGCGACCCAAGGCUUUUUAGUCUUUCUUCAAACGCACUGGAAUUGUUUGUUGCAUGUGCUGCACUUUGCGUCAACCACAAGGUGCCCUUUUCUUUAUUUUUUGCGUCGGGCGACGACGAUACUGAUGGCAUCACAGUGGGAGAUGGAGAUUGCAUCCUUAUGAAUAUGCCGUUUGUUCACACAACACUUGGAGCCAUUCGCAUUAUGAGCCUUCUCGGUGGCGACAGCAAUGCGUAUGUAUUCUCCAACAUGGCAGGGGUGGUUGAGCGACGCGACAUUUUUCAGGGGCUCUUACGAUUGAUGAGUGUGGAGGUGUUUGGAGGAAGAGAUGCGUUAGAAAAUGUGGGGGAAGACGAGAUAUGCAUCAUCAUGCAUUUCUGUGUCGAGGUCAAGGAGCGAAACGCCGCCUUUUUUGCACGUGAUACAACCGACAACGAGGAGGAGGUGUCUUUUAAGGCAAAGUACGGACAAGUGUCCCAAAUUGCUUUGGCGCGAUGCAAGUAUCUUCUAUACCGUCUGGACGGUCCCCAAACACGGAUUAUGAGCGAGGAAGGUUAUAUUCCACUUGUGGAUCUUCAACAACACGCGGAGCGAACAAAUAAAGAGACUGUUGUUCAUUAUAACUUGGGCAUUCGCAGUGCGCAAGGGUUGCGGCGUGUCGCGUUGGGCGCGCAAUCAUCCGCACGGUUGGCGGAACUUGUUGACAGACUUGAGUCACAAAACGUUCGUGUCAGCGGAAAUACACUUUUGGUGGAUUUGGUGCAACACUUGUCGCAUAAAGCAGCAGCAAGUAAGGUGUCCUUGACCUUAAAAGAGGUGAACACGCUAUUGCCCCUACUGGCGCGUAUGCAAAGUGAAACCCCGACAAAGCAGUUGAAUUCCCGUUUUGACAGACUGUUUAAUGUAAUGGAGACAGCGAUAGGAACCGCCAUGCAGCAAGAUCACUCUGUGGAAGAAAUUGUGGAGCUUGUGGAGGGCCUUGCCGCUUGUAAUUUUGUGCCUUCCUCUUUUAAGCAGGUGGAGAUGGUGUUGAUGCGUCUGAUGAUGACACAGGCUUGUGGCUUGUCACAGAUAAUAGGCAUUCUUACAUCCUUGUCGACCUUGAUGAAUUCAGCAGUGUCUCAAGUGUUACUGCAGACCGCGGCGUCUCAUGCUGUCGCUUAUGUCAAAUUACAAAGUGUUAAAGACGGUGACGUGGAUCAACUCGUGAAGUUGCUGGAGGCGCUUGCGUCCUGCCGGUACGCCGCCCUUCCAGGUCUUGUCGUACAUUGUCGAGAAGAGUGUUUUUCAGCUGUUCGCUCCUUUUCUUUGGACCAACAGUGUGGCUACGCUUCACUCCUUGCCUCUGCAGCUACGGGCAUGCAAGAUGAGAAUAAGUCCCUCUCGCAACAACUGUCCAAUGAUAGCCGUCGCCAUUUCAUUGAAUACACUCGAAACGCACAAGGGGAUAAUCUGGCUCGUUUUGUGGAUUGCGUCAUGGGGUUGGCGGCCGUCGGCUUAGGGGAUACUGCAGAGGACGAGGAGAUUCAUUCAGUGCUAGUGUCAUUUCUUUGUCGUUCCUGUCUUACUUUGGAAAGCUGCACCGCAAUGUCGACAACGACGCUGGCCACACUAUUGGAGGGUAUCUUGUUGUGGUGCGCUGCUCUGCGGGUGCCGCCAAAGGAGUUUGUUGCUCCACUUGAAGAUACUUUAUUUAUGAGGAUUCGCGAUUGCAACAAUGCAGGUGAGACGUUAGAUUUCUCGGAGGAAUUAGCUGAAGUUGUCUGUCGUGUGGUGGGUUUGCAACUCGCUUCGGACGGUUUGCGUGAAGCGGCGGCGCAGGCUCUUGGAAGAGCUAUUCUUCGUGCUGAAUCUACUCCCGAAGCACGGAAGCCAGCGGCGCGAGAGGAUCGUUCGUUUGAGGUGAUGGCGUUAGUCAAUGCAGAGCAAGAGAGUAAUCACGUGAAUACUGUUUUGCGUUAUUGUGCAGCUCUACAUCGAAGUGGCAUGUCCCACAUUGUGGAGGAACUGAUGGCGUAG